ACGGGGGAAGAUGAGCUCGCUCACUCACUCGCUCCGCUCGCGGACAUCACAUAACCUGUAUCCUCGUGUGACGGUGCGUUUGACAGAAAAAAUUUCGACUUUGCUGAAUGAAGACCGCGUGAAAUUCCACGGUUUCUCGACGAGGCCGACGCUUGGGUCGCGGCACUUAUCGACGAAACGCGUCCACGAGUACGCACAGAAACGCGCCGUCGAUUCCGAAAGCUUACAUUAUCACUCUGUCAAUAAUAACAAUUAUUUGUGUUGUCAUGCCAGUGGAACGGAAUCUGACGGGAUCGUCCCGGCCGCAGCGGCGACGCCGGUCAGUUUAUCGCGUGUUGAGAACCACUGCUGCGCGACUCGAGAAAUCACCGCAUACGUUAAUUCAUAUCAAUUCAUAAAAUUGAGUAGUGGAGAAAAAGAGAGAAGGACUUUUAAUAGGACAAAGAAAGUGUUAAGCAAACGAUUAUUAUUUUAAACUAAAA